CAAAGUUAAAUCACUUAGAACAAAAAAGCUUUCUUGAUUCAGCUAUUACCUCUUCAAACAAUGGCAUUUCAUCGCCGCCAUUCCCUUUUCCUCUUCUUGCUCAUCGCACUGUCAUCCAUAACGAACCAUGCAGAUGCGCGCCAUCUCCUAGAGUCGUCUCCCAAGCCCGAAAUCCCAUCUAUACCCAAGCCUGAGUUGCCACCGUUGCCUAAGCUUGAGGUCCCAACAUUACCCAAGCCUGAGCUGCCACCGUUGCCUAAGCUUGAGAUUCCAACACUGCCAAAGCCCGAGCUUCCAACACUACCAAAACUAGAGGUACCUGUGUUGCCAAAGCCUGAACUUCCAACACUACCUAAGCCAGAAUUAUCGACAUCGCCUAAGCCAACACUAGAAAAGGCAGAAUCACCAAAGCCUACCCUACCUGAAAUACCAAAGCCUCAAAUUCCAGAGCUACCAAAGCUCCCAGAAUUGCCAAAACCUGAGAUCCCGGCUGUCCCUAAGCCUGAGGUACCAACAGUGCCAAAACCCGAGGUCCCAACUUUGCCAAAACCUGAGAUCCCAGCUGUCCCUAAGCCUGAGGUACCAGCAUUGCCAAAACCUGAGAUCCCAACUUCACCUAAGCCUGAGGUUCCAGCAGUGCCGAAACCUGAGAUACCAACUUUGCCUAAGCCCGAGAUCCCGACUUUGCCUAAGCCUGAACUUCCAACACUACCCAAACCAGAGGUACCAACAUUGCCUAAGCCAACACUCGAAAAAGCUGAAACGCCAAAGCCUACUCUGCCUGAAAUACCAAAGCCUCAGCUGCCAGAGCUGCCAAAGCUCCCAGAAUUACCAAAACCUCAACUGCCAGAGCUACCAAAGCUGCCAGAAUUGCCCAAACCUGAGCUUCCAGCUGUCCCUAAGCCCGAGAUUCCAACAUUGCCAAAACCUGAGCUCCCAACUUUUCCUAAGCCUGAGAUGCCAAAGUUGCCUGAACUUCCUAAGAUACCUGAACUGCCUAAACCAACUUUGCCGGAAGGACCCAAAUCUCGUUGAUUUAUGUCGACAGAGGAACAUGACAUCAGGAAUCGAGUUCCGGAGAUCGACUUACUGAGGAGGGAUGCAUAAUUCUAGAAUGAUCGACUUAUAUUGUUGUUGCUGUUUUCUUUUUUUAUUGUUUUCCAAUUUGUCCUUCCAUUAUAUGUAAGCUUGCUUGUAUGUUAUGGUUGUUUACAGUUUGUAAUUCUUUGUUAAUGUCAUUUAGUAUAUAUUCAUGAUUGAUUGAGGUUUUCAGUUAUAA